AUGGCAAUCAACUUCGCUGCGCCUAACGACAGCACCACUAUGACGAACUCGACGAAUAGCGAGCUACUGGACAGCCUAAUGGACGAGAUGCGAGCAGCCGUUACACCCGUCUCAGUUUUCGUCGGAAUUGAAAUGGUCAUUGGCUUCUUUGGGAACCUGCUGGUCCUUUACGUAUUCCUGUUCCGCUAUCAUCACUGCAACUUCCGGUAUUUUGUCCUGUGUCUCGCCUGCCUGGACUUUACCAGCACGGUCACGACGAUGCCGGCGGAGAUUUUGUCACAGCAGUUCUGGUACACGUACCCGUUUCCUACCGUCUGUACAAUGAAGUCGUUCUUCAAUAUGUUCACCAUCUCCGGCGAGGCUCUCUGUCUAUUCGUCAUCGCGGUGGACCGUCACCGCAAGGUGUGUUUUCCGCUCGGCUGGCAAGUGCACCCACGGCAGGCACUCGUUCUGUGUUUCUUCAUCUUCGCCACCGCCAUCCUGAUUACCCUGCCCGUGCCGUUCUUAUUUGGAACCCACAACGACGUCAAGCUGUACGCUGGAAGGAACGUCACCGUAAGAGUAUGUGAGAAAGACAUGGCGUACGUCAACUCCAAAAUGCCGUUCAAUUAUGCUUUGUCAGUGCUGGGGAUCCUGGCUACAAGCUUUUUAAUAAUGUUCAUUCUGUAUGUAAAGAUUUUUAGAAAAAUAAGCGGUAAGAAAACGAAUUUCAAACGUGACGCCGGCUUCGUUUCGAACUCUGACACGCCGAGGAAAUGUGAAAAAAGAACAAGCGUAUUCACCAUUAAUGAAGUUGAGAUGCCCGGUACACUGGCUGGUAACACGAGCGACAAUACAAGUGUCGGUUACGCCACCGACAACGAUUCAGCGUGUUCUGACGCCAAGAAAACAGCAGCAGAACCCGUGAAAAGGACGACACGUCACCACAAGAGUAAAAUUCCGGGCUCGGCACGACGUAAAACGUACAUUUCCCUGGUACUGACGGUAGUGUUCUUACUUACCACGGCGCUGUACUUAGUCCUGUUGACCUUCAUCGCUCGAGGUAUUCUGGAAACACUGACGAACAUGCAAAGGGCUUUCUACUUUCUCGGUUUCCGGUUGGUGUUUAUCAACCAUGUUAUUAAUCCGCUCGUGUACGGGUGCCUGGACCCGCAGUUUACUAAAGUACUGAACGACGUCAAGAAAUGCUGUCGCCGCAAGAACACGUAA